ACUUACAUAUAUCAUAAUAUAUAAUCCAUUAUUGUAUUAAUAACAUAUGCAUAUCGACGUGUAAUUCUACCAAAUUAAACGGCAUAUUAUAAUUUUUUAUUUAUAUUCCCAAUAACGAAUACGAAUGUAAUAAAUAUUCUAUUUUCUAUGACUUUGUUGCAUGAAACUGUACGGUAAACUGUCUCUUUGUUGUUCGAGUGAAGGAUUAUGUCCGUCGUAAAUUUAUAAUCCGUAUUCGUGAUACGCAUGAUGAUUGUGUAUUCGUCUCUAGCUAUUCGAAACGUCGCAUCGCCUCUGCGAUUAAUAAAUACUAAAAGGUCGAAAUUGACGCCACCGUCGAUAAAAUACACGCGCUCAGUCACGAAAUUCCAGCAACCGCGUGUAUUGUGAAUUUAUGAGGCUAUCCCGCGAUAGGAAUUCGUAUUAUGUAAAUACGAGCAUGUAACGCACCAGCCGUGCCUUUAAAUAAAGUCUUCUACAGUGUCGUGGACGACACAAAGCCGCACGAUAUUGUAUUAUAUUAAUAGAUGUAGUUCCACCUGUUGUCUGACGUUUCCUAUUCUCAAUCGCGGCUGUUGCUCCUCGCUCGUUGUACAGCGAGGCCUUCAAAUAAUUUAACAAAUUCAACAAAUCUCAGAAAAGUAAUAACAGAAAAUAAAAAUGAUAAUAACGACAAUGUUAAAAAGAAUGUCGUUAAUUUGUUCUCUUCUAUUAUUUAUAGUCGCAUCGAUCAUUUGCAUGAGUUAUUAGUAACAAAAGAAUGAAAAGUUACUAUAUAUUAUUAUAUGUAUUAUAGAUGAUUUAAUAAUUCUUGCAUUGAUUUAUAAUCUUUCGUUUUAACAAAACAAUUGUUACUUGGAAGUAAUCUUGAAUAUGUACGAUAAUGAGUUAUAUAUAAUAUAGUGUACCAUUAGCGGUAUAAUUUUGUUAGAAUAAAAUAAAAUUGCUAUAGUUGUUAUUGCAAUUGUACAUUCUUUCCUUAAAGUAAUUUAUUGUUUGUAAUAGUUUUAAAAAAUGAGACUGAUCGGAGAAUUUCACGAUUUCCAAUUCAAAUUCGUCUUCUAAUAUUUCAUACAGAUGGCGUCGUCGUAUAGUCCGAAGUUGUUUUCUAACAUUGACAGUGUUUAUUAUAUAGGAAAGGUUAUAUCGUUCUUUUUCUGUUUCAGAAAAUAUUAUUUAACGAUAAUUAUAAUUUCUCGAGUGUGACGUGUGAUAGUAGUUAUCUUUUUCAUAAUUUGAUGACAUUCGUUCUUGUCAGUAUACAUUAUACUUUAUUUUCACAAAGAUGGUGGAUGCUUUGCAGAAUUGGAGUCCUUAUGCCAAAAAAUACGAACCCUUGAAAGCAGGUAGCAUCGAUGGUACAGAUACAGAACCACAUGAUAAAGCUAUUAGUCGUGCGAUGCAAGCACAUUAUGAACCACCUCAUGGAUUAAAAUCAAAACCAGAAAGGACAUUAUUUGUCGCCAGAUUUGGUCCAAAAAUUACCAAACAUGAUUUAAAGGAGUUUUUUUCUAGAUAUGGAGAAGUUGUAUCGGCAAAAGUUAUAGUUGAUGUUGUAACUGGAUUAUCCCAAGGUUAUGGAUUUAUUGAAAUGAGAAACGAAGAUGAAGCUAGAAGAGUAAUUAGACGUUGCGUAGAUGCUACGUUAAAAGGCUAUCAAAUUUUUGUAGAUUACGAGUGUGGACGUACUUUGCAUGGGUGGAAACCAAGGAGACUUGGUGGUGGUUUUGGUGGCAAAAAGGGGUCAGGUCAACUUAGAUUUGGUGGAAGAGAUAGACCUUUUAAAAAACCAAUCGUACCUCAUAUUAUUAGGUCAAAUCCUCAUCACGAACAACAUUAUCAUUAUGAAGAACCUCAUCAGUAUCAAGAACAUCACCAUCAAGGACAUCAACGUUAUUACCAACAUUAAGAAAGUAUCCAUAAUUAAAAUCUUUUAAUAAGUUUAACAUUAAAAUAUGUUGUAAUAAUGUUGUCGUGAUGUACCUGCGCUUGUUCAAAGAUUUGUUUGUAGAUUUUGUAAUUUUGACUUCAUUCUGGUAGAAAUAUUUGAAAUCUACACUUAUUUUGUGAAAUAUAUUUUAACGUAUUAUACGUUAUAAGUAAUGUAUAAAUUAAGAAGUAAAUAUCACUUACUAAAAAUAAAAUAAAUUUAAUGUCAGAAACUUUUAACGAAGAAACAAAUGUUUAAUAUUUCUCCUGAUUAUUUUCUAAAAUAGAAUUGAAAACUACGUAAAACA